ACCUUGGAAACAAGUCAUUUAACGAGAUCAAAUAACCGCGUCGGUAGUAAAUUCCUUUGUGAGGUAAGUGGCGUUGACUCGUAGAGUGCCCAUCGUAGUACAAUGAACGAACCUUGAAGCUACUCAGCAGAUUAUCACAAGGCGAAACCAGUUCUUUUAUCUUCGAUGUAUUAAAGUGAAAAUGAGCAGAGGACGUGGAACAGUGAGGAGACGGUUGUUCGACGAACCACCGACAAACGAGUGCGAGCAGUUGAACAAUAUUAAUGUUAGCGAAGAUAACGAACAGCUACUUGAUCGUAAGCAAGAGGAAUGGAACUUUGAUUUUCGGAAUGGUCGACCAUUGCCUGGUCGGUAUGCUUGGCAACCUAUGGUUAGCAACACUGUUCAUCGAGCACGGCCAUGUGCUUUUACACCUGUUGCAACAAGGACUACAAGUAAUGAAUCAAUUACUAGUCAAGUAAAUACAACAAGUACCAGACAUGGAUCAAGCAGAAGCUCAAAUGUUGUAAGACAUUCACCGUAUAAUCUCCGAAGCCGUACAAGAAACACACGUACUGUUGAAAGAGGAUUUUAUCCAGUUAGUAAUUAUUCAAAUAGAGACAGAAGUAGCUCGAGGUCUUCGAACGCGUCAAGUGAACGACCCGAAGGCGACGUUAGGACGUAACCUCGUCAGAAAAGAUAUGACCUUUCAUUGUUUCUUUUGCCACAUUUUCCUUGACUGUUCACUCAUGAAAAUUUGUUUGUCAAUGUUGUACACGGGUCCCUUAUUGUGUAAAUAAGUUAUAGAAUCUAUAUACAGGGGACGUUAAUAAAUUAAUAUAACACUAUUGUUAUAUGAAGUUAGUUGAUCAUCAUCUGCUAUGAAAUGACUCGACAUACAAUGUCGUGGGUUUUCUAAAUGCCA